GGCCAACAACAAUCCCUUUUUUGCUUUCGUCGACACUUGUGAAAAUCUUAAAAGCGCAUUUAAUUGUUUUGUUAAGGCCGCAAUAAUAAAUGAGAACAAUUAUAAAUAGGGAAUGGGUAAACUAAAUGGUUUGAUAUUAGGAUUCUAAUAAAUCAACGGUGCAAUGGAUGUGGAUGAAUGUUUCUACGAUGAGCUAUCAUCGUUUAUGUCUUCGCCAAGCGACUAUGGGCUUAACCAUAAUGAUUUUGAUGACAUUAUAAGCUCAACGGUGUCGCAUCUGGAUCCUGGCUUGGAUCUCAAUUCAAUUAUACCUGACAACCCAGAAAACUCGCUGCAAGGCGAAAAUUUAUUCUCUGAUCUAUUCCAAUCGGCGACAGUUGGUGCCAAUGACUUGGAACUCAACUUUAAUAGUUUUUCGGCAUUUGAAACUCCAAAUCUGACUACAGAUGAUAGUAGUUUCUCAACAUCGGUGGCCGAAAAUCCAAACGAUUUAUUGAAUAUUUGCAGCGAUAAUGCCGAAAUCGAGAAUCUAACUUUUGGCAAUCUUCUGGCCCAUAGCCAGAAUCGCGAUACACCAUCGCCCACUGAAAGUUGGGGCAGUUCCAGCGGCAGUUCGACAAGUGGCGUUCAAAGCGAUGCUUCCGAUGCUUGGCAACAACAUAAACAACAAUAUGACCAAAUUGACAUCGAGUCCUGUCAACAGAGCGCUCCUCCUCAAACAUUGGUACAAUUUGUACAAGGCUUUCGAGCUAAAAGUAAUGACAGUAUUUCAGACAGCACACAGACGCUGCCUCAGAACAUAGUGGCCCAGUCGGCGACCAAUCAACAACAGCCGAUAAAAGUGCCCAUACCUAAGUUGAUUGUGCCCACGGCGACGGUUGCUGCUGUCCCGCCUCCCAAAGUGGAGACGAAGAUUCAAAAGGCUCCCGAUAAAUUACAGGCAACAGAUUCGCCCGGAGAGAGUUUGGGUAAAACAAAGACCAUCUUUCUAUCACCCAAUGACUACAAGGCUCUCAUGCAAAAGAUGAAUCUGCAUGGCACAAAAGGUGCCAAAAUCAAUGGCAGUGUGAAGCCGCAGAUACCAAAAAUCGUGGUCAAAACGGGAAAUGAUAAAGUGCAAUGUCAACAGAACUCUGUGAGAACAGCGAGCUCAAAUAGUCCGAAUAACCCGCUCAAGAUCUCUACAUCAGCCAGAGUGGGCAGCAUCAUAGACGAGAAGAUGUACAAAAAGCAACAGCGCAUGAUUAAAAAUCGAGAAUCCGCCUCAUUGUCGCGGAAGAAGAAAAAGGAAUAUGUUGUAUCGCUAGAAGCGCGUAUAAAUCACUUGGAGAAGCAAAAUUCCACUCUCAAGGGCGAGAAUGUGACUCUGCGCAACCAACUCGUUGCCUUUGCCAAGACCUGCAAAUGCCGCAAGGGUAGCGCUUGUGAAUUUGUGCUGCACUCGUUAAACACAGCGUCGCGUGGUGAGCAACACGUGAAGAUUGCACCGCGACCAACUGCAACGAGUUUCAGACAGCACAUGAAUGCGGCAACAGUUAAGAAAAACGUGGCCGUACUGUUUGCCAUGGCAUUUAUGGUGACCCUGAAUGCGGGCAACUUUCACUCGUAUCUGAGCAAACAGAAUCUGGACCCGGAGAGCGUGGCCACCGUUGCUGAUGCGACUCCCAAUGUCAAUGAGCCGAUUCCCAUUGGCCGUCGUUUGCUUUGGGUCGAUUCUGAAGAGGAAUACAAUGAGAAGCUGAAUCGCAGCAGUCGCCAAGCAGCUGAGGAGCUGGUGAUGCCACCAUUGCAUUUUCUACGACCAGCAAGUCGAGCUCAAAAUGCCACAGCGAAGAGCGAUGAUUGGAAUUCAACAGAUACAGGCAGGCAUAAUAAAAGUGGUGCACCCCCACCACUUACGUAUCCAUCUCCAUCUCACUCAAACUGCUCAAUGAAUUCGGCUGCCGGCAACCAAACGGAAUAUUCGCGACUAUCGCUCAAUUUACAGAAAUUAAUCAAUGUUAGUGGAUAUCUGAAUCUGAGCAAGCACGAAUCAUAUGACGUCGAACAGGACAAUGCACAUGGUUAUAAAUUCGCAACGGAUUACUUGGACUUGCCGGACCUGGAACAACAAAGGACACAGCUUGGCAAACGUAAAACAUUUGUGGGCUACAACGAGCGUUUAACGGAUAUUGAAAACAAGCAACGGAAAAUGGACACAUUGAAUACACAAAGGAGUGACAACAAGACAAGCGACUCAAUAAAUCUCUUCAAAGGCAUCAAGCGUCAGGAUGAUACUUUCUAUGUACUGUCCUUCAACACGCAGCAUAUUCUAGUGUCGCCUUCCACUCGCGACAAGAGUGCACGGCCAAAAAUAUCAUUGUUAUUGCCAACAGCAGAGCCAUCGCACAAUGGUGACAUGAUGAUGAUGCAAGUGGAUUGCGAGGUCUUCAAUACAAAGGAACUGGAGAUCAAGUCGGACAUGAUACCGGCUAAGCUGCGGCCCAAUGUGACCAAGUGGCAAAUGAAGCCCAAACAUAUUGCGCUUAACAACAACAUCGGCUCUAAUAAGACACAGGGUAGCAUCAAGUUGCAGGACAAAAUUGUACAGCCCGAGAAGCCGCGUGUGCGCACUUACUUUAUGGUUGGGCCCAAGAAUCAAGCAGCUGCAGCUGCGUCCCAAGAGAAGACACGAUUCGUCGAGUACAAUAGCAGCAGAACGCUCAAUUCAGACACAUUUGACUCGCGUUUACAUGGAUAAUCAACAUUUUGACAGCAUGCAUGCAGCUCUAUACAUAGAUCUAUUCUUUAAUAGCCUUUUUCCACUUGGAAGGGGAAACUGACAUAGUAGACAAUUGAUAGUGGGGAACGUGCAAAGUAGAGUGGAAAGAGGCUAUAAUUUUAAAAUAUGAAUAUACAAAAGUCUUUGAUUAAUAAAUAACCAUCAUGCUUUGUU